ACCGAGGCAAUGCUUCAUUAUGCAGACCCCUCUAGAGAGCAAUGCUGGUUAGGCAUGAUCAUUAUGUUUUUUGUUACGAUUUUCCUUGAUUUUAUGCACGUAUGGUCAACUAUGAAGCCUCAAGGUUGAGCUACGGACUGCUAUUUAGGGAGUUAUACUCCUUAACUAUCAUCGGGAGUCAUUACAAGACCUCGAUCUUCGUUCUGAAGAUUAUUCUGGGUGUAUUUUAAUGUUGUGUUAGCGGUGUCAUUGCAGCCGACUCGGAUGUGGAUUCCCCAAAUUAUCGAGGAUUUUCCGUUCGUCUGACCACCCUUGUGCUGUGUUUCCGUGUACGCUGUGGUCACAGAACGAUUGUUAUCGUUUGUUUGGAGCGCAUGGGGUUUAUUUAGUUUCUGUUUGGUUCGCGUUUGCUGAUAUUAUGGCUGGGAUUUUGAACAAAGACCCGUUCACUUACCAGCAAGAACAAAAUGACUUUCUGAAGGAACUCAAACAAUUCCACUGCAAUCGAGGAACCCCAAUAACAAGAAUCCCUCGAAUAGGUGGAAAAGAAGUCGACCUGUAUUUGCUUUACCGACGAGUGAUCGGCUUCGGUGGAUGGCGAAAGGUGAAUGAUGAAGAUUUGUGGGAACAGAUCCAAGGUGACUUCCACAUCCCCAAGUGCUGUAGUAAUGGAACCCAGGCCAUCAAGCAAAUCUAUAUCAGACAUCUGGAUAAGUAUGAGAAGGUGCAUUUCCAUGGACAAGACCCAGACAGCAAGUAUGUUGAGGAUGAGGGUGACACUCCCGCACGUAAGAAGAUCUGCCUGCCAAUCUUUGGUAUUCCCAACUCUUACAACUAUAGUCAACACAGAGUACCUGAAACUCUUCGACAGUCACAUGGAUUUUCAACAGAUUACGUCACCAUCAGCGAUUAUGAAAAAUUGGAAAAAGCUCUUAUGUCGGGCCUACCAAAUGAGGUUGACUUUGUCAUCAAUGUAUGCACACUAUUAUCCAACGAGGGGAAGCAUGUGUUACGAUUGAAAAAGUCCCGCAAUCUACUCAAUCUGCUCAUGGCCCAUAUUGGCAUAUUCGUACCAGGGAGUGAAACAUUAGAAGAUGUCUAUGAAUCCAACUGGAGAAAAUUCUUGCAUCGAGAUUUUAUACAUUUUUGGUAUGAUACAGUCAAAGAUACAGAAGCUAAGAAAUUGAUUAUAACCUCACGGAAUUAUAAUAGAAAACCCAUGAUCGGGGAAGGAGUACUAAAUCUUGGUCGUGACAAGGGCAGACAUGACUUGGAGGGACAAAGAGUGCUACAGCUGGCAGUCAUUCUGAGAAAUUUAUCUUUUGAGGAAGAAAAUGCCACUUUUAUGUCUUCAAAUGAUCUAGUCUUCAGAUUCCUGAUGUUGUGUAUACACAGUAGUUAUGGAUGUUUGCGACCGUUGGCACUGGAUACCCUUGGGAAUCUGGCUGAAAAGAUGGUGCUGAAUCCGGACAAGGAACAAACAGACAUGGUGCUAAAUCUGAUCUGUAGAUGUUUGUCUGCUGAGGAUAAGCUGGAUGUUGUCCGAGGUCUGGAGAUCUUGAGUAAAUUCUGUAUGAAGGAUGAAAAUGAUGUGAUACUAGAGGAGCGCCUGGAUGAUCGUAUCUACGAAGACGUGAUUCGGCUGCUGGGAGUGUAUGACAUACAGAUCAUUGUUCACAGCUUGGAAGCCCUGUAUCAAUUGUCUGAGAUUGGCGAACACUCUGCUACCAAGAUUGCUGCUGUCAAAAGAGCUGUUGAUUUCUUGGUGACGCUGCUGACAAUAGAAGCACAAGCAUAUGGACCUAACUCAUUAGUUGGAAUCAAGGUUGUGGAGUACUGUCCCCCUCCCCAAUCUUCAGGGGAUCAGUCGGUUCCAGCCAGCUCACAACCGAUGCUUCCUUCACAAAAAAGUGCUCCCCAAGGUGCAGCAUUUAAACAAAGUGUACCACCUACCUGUGAUGUCGAGUCCACAACGUGCAAUUGGUUACAAAAUGCAUUUGAAGUUAAAGACAGCAGUGAUUCCUUGUCCCAACUCCAUCUCUACGCAGAGUACAUUACCUUUUCUAAGAAGUACACACUGCCACAGCUGUUACCAGCCCAGGCCUUCCUCAACUGUGUUAAAAUUGUGUUCCCGAAGAUUGAGAUGGUGACCAUUGGUAAAGAGGAUGGAUCACAGGAGAUAGUGUACAAAGGUCUCAUCAAGAAACUUAAUCCUCCACCAUUUACUCUUCACAGUUCAGUUAAACCUCGUAGUAGUGUUGUGCACCCAUCAGCCUUUCCUUCGACAGCAUCUAAUCCAUACGCAACUGUUGACCUAACUCAAACUCCGACUCUGAGACAGCGUCUCAUGGAACCUCCCCGGUUAUCUCCUUUACAAGCCUCUCCAUCCCUUCUUCCUGUAGGUGGUGCACCAACAGCAGCAAAGAACAGUGCAAUAUCAUCGUCCACAUCCAUGUUGUUAUCAUCCAAAAUACAAGCUCAUCAACAAGCCAUGACUCCUGUACAGCAGAGAACGCCAAACCGGCCAACUCAACAGCUGAAACAGAUCCAACCGGCUCCCUCUACUCAUCAGUCACCUUCAAUAACCGUCACUAGUAAUCAUGCAUCUACCCCAGUUAUGUCAUCUUCAUCCACCAUGAUGUCAGUGGGCAAUGCCCAGGUUAUUCAGUCUCGCAAUGUGUCGGUUCCACAACAGCAAUUUCAACCACAGCAAGCAAUGGCUACUGGAGGACAGAAUCUUCCUGUGCUUGUCAUUCAACAGGUCUGUCAGUCAGACCCCUCACAACAAAGCAACUUCCCUGUAUUUGUGCAGGAACCACAACAAAAGUCUACAGAAACACGCAUGAUAAAAACAUUAUUGGCUAAAAAACUACGACACAACCAGUCUGGGCCAGUGCCCAUUUGUCCCAAGAUGGACCCUAAUAACCCAAUGCAGCUACUGACCUUUACUACCCAGCAAAGCACGGUUAUCCAGGAACAGUUGCAGCAUCCCUACAUGGUGAGUAGUCAAGGCACCUCUGCUGUUCUGCCACAGUUCGACCAGCUCAGCCAGAUACAGGCCCAAGUACAGGUCAGUGUGGCAUUGGACAGUCCACAGUCGUACCAGUCUCAGUCGUCACCUUCCUCGGGAACCAUGUGUGUUGUCCAAUCUAGUCAGAUGGGGAUCAGUAACCCUACCUCACAACAGGUGGUCACCUCCCAUCAAUCACGGCCAGUGAAGUCUGAUCGUGCAGCAAAGAAAAAGAAGAGUGGCAGUAGCCCAAGUUGCACAAAAUCAUCAAGUACAAACUCAUCUCGAUCAUCCUCACCAAAGAAUUUCUCACCAAAACCUAUGGUCACAGCAACCCUUGGCCAAGCUCCAUCCUCCCCAAGCCCAGAAUCUCCCCAUCCAGUGGAUAGAGACCUAGAGGUGUGUGGCGAGGUGGAGUGUGCCAAGGACGUGGUCACUGUGGGACAGGAGGCCAUGAUAGAGCGUGUGGAAAACAAAUGUCUCGAUCGCAUCAAAAACAUGCAGAAAACCACAACCCCUCAACCGUCCAUUCAAAAUGCCCAUUUGGAAUCUGGCACCUUGCUAGUCCCUAAUGCUACUGUCAACACCAGUCCAUUGUCCAGUACCAGUAACCAGGUGCUGGACACAGGUCAAGGAAGGAAUAGCAUGCUAAGUGACACUGGUCAGGUCAUCUCCAGUGUCCGAAGUGAGGACCAAAUUGUGAACCCACCUACAUUAACUUCCAGUGGUGGUAACCCGAUCUCUUCCAUGGUUUUACCUGCUGGUUCAGAAUCUGCCAUGGCUAAUGUGGAAAAUCAAAUUCAUGAACAAACUUUAUUUCAUCAAAACCACAAUGUGCUACAAGAACCACAGAACAAUUUCUCAAACAUUUUACAGACUGAGAAACUGAAUGGUGAUAUUGGAGAUUCUGAGGAUAGCAUGUCGUCCGACAUAAACAACGCUAACAACAAUCACGCAACAGAGGGGAACAUAGACAGGACCACUACAAUCCCAUCUAUCGCUAAAGACUGUACGAGUGAAGACGAUAAUGUGUCACAGUUGGAGAGUGUGUCAGACAUGUCGGAAACAGCUAGGGCAGCUUUAAACCUAGAGGCAAGCUACAAUGACAUGGAGACAAACAGCAUUGACGAUUGUGUGGGGGAGGGAGUGGACAAUAACUUCCUCUGUGAUGAAGGAGCCAUCGAGAAAUAUGAUAAUAUGGAUGACAAUACUGAACAGAUCUUGGAAAAUGGAGGUGAAGGAUCUCUACUUAAGGGCGACAGUGGCGUCCUUGCAAACCCUCAAAGUGAGGACAGUAAUCUGACAGACCUUCCUCACAAAGAGGAAGGGGUGGUAAAGGACAAACUUGUGGAGGAAGUGUCGGCUGUGAAUGGUAUACCAGAGUAUCAAGAGGAAAUCAUCCCAUCUCCAACUCCAGAACCUAUUCUUACUAAUGGUAUGGAUUCCGAAGACAGUUGCUCUAGCAUCAAGGAGGAUAUUCAGAGCUCUGUUGAGCUAAAGGAGUGCAUAAGCAAGCUUAGUGAAAAAGUCAUGCCAAAAAUGAACGGCAUUAUGGUAAAUCAUGUCACUAAUGGUGAGAUGGACCCUUAUGAAGGACACAGCAAUGGUAUUGAUUAUGAGCUUAGCAACGAUGGGUUAAUGGGCAUUGGACAGGAGAAUGGGCGUGUAGAAAAGUCUUCCGACAGUGAGGAAGUGAAACAUGUUGUGAUUCAUACUGGUGAGGGGGACCAUGUGGUUAUUAACUCGCAGGGCUGUCUCGAAAUAAAUGGCAAAGUUACGGAUGUAGAAAAUCUACCAACAACAACUGUACCAAACUCGACUGAAGAUGAGGACUCUGAGCAAGUCCUGGCUAUAAAGAGCAUUCUAGAAGAGGCCAGUGAGGAGGAUGAGGAUGGGUACAACAAUGUGGGUGAACAGGCGUCGUGUUUUAACAUGACACAGGAAGGGCAGACAAUGGACACUGAGGAAAACAGUGCUCCACGUGAAUCAACAGGGGAUCCUGAUGAAGUUAUUAUCGAAAAUGAAAUGUGUUUGAAACCAUUAGGCCAGUCAGGUCAGUCUGGUCCAUCACAGACACCAGAGGAAGUAGCAGAGGUACCAAUGGAACAGACUGCUGCUGAUCAAUGUCCAGUUCAAAAUUCAGACACUAAUUCAGUUUUAAUUCUGGAGCCAGACAGUUGUUCUCAGCCAGAACUUCCCAUGAAUGAGGAUUCAACCGACAGUUUACCUGUACUACCACAGAACGGCCAGGAUAGCAAAAUAGACAUUGUGGAGGCUGCUGUGGCCUCAUGUGAUCUGAAACCCCAGGAUGGUAUGGAUGAUAUUCCCUGUGCUAAUACCAUGACUGUGGGUAGUAUCGUACAAAGCAUACAGGUGAUGCCCAUUAGUAUAGGGGACAUGCCAAUAGGACAGCCAAUCUUAGGUCAGUCCAUUAUGGGCCAGCCGUUGUUAGGACAGCCUCUUGUAGGCCAGCCUGCCUUAGCCAGACUGCCCUUCCCAACUAUCAUGGAUAUUAACAUGGGAAAUAUUUCCAAUGACAAUAUGUUCAAAAUGACCUCGAGCGGUGUGAAAGUGGAGACGAGUGGUAACAACAUUGUUUACAGUCGUCCCAGCGGUCAUUUGGACUUGGGUGGUGGGCAAUUUGUAGUGUAUGAGGAUGACAAGUCUCGGACAUCGUCAAUGCAGGUGACGGAUGUGUGCAACUCGCGGCAUGUACCCACACCGGAGGCUUCCCGCGACAGUGAACUCAGUUGUGAUAGUGUUGCCUCGUCACUCACAGACUCCUCCACAGACAAACAUUCCAUGAACACUACCAUUCAGGGCAUACACUUGGCAGUAGCUGCCUCCACCACCACCUCUAUCAAAAGUGCUGCAACCCCCAUCCUCACCUCAUCCACGCCAACCACAGGCGCCAAAAAAUCCAGUCAUACCUCCCGCUCAAAGUCAGGUGAAAAACGGCCCAAGAAACGGAACCGAAACACAUCUGGUAGUGCUGAUUCACGAGGGUCAUCCACUUCAUCCACCGCCAACACUAGCCCACCCAGUCCAGAGUUUGUUUGUGAAUGGGCCAACUGUAAAAGAUGUUUUGAGAACUCACGGAGUGUGUUUGCUCAUGUGUGCUCCACCCAUCUUGUGAGAGAUGUGGAAGGAGUGUGCCUGUGGGAAGGUUGUGAAAGACUCCAGAGGAAGCGAUGGUCACUGUACACACACAUACAGGAUCAUCACUGCUCUGAGUUAGCAUUAAAGGCAGCUAAGUUACGCCGACAUCAGGCCAAAAAUACAGGCACCACCAGUACAAAACCUCACACUGUACCGGCUUUGGUCUACCCAGGGGAUGCCGCCUGGCAGGCCAUACGCCGCUUCACACCUAAACCGCCCUAUCCUGCAUUUGUGGAACAAAGAGAAGGCCCAGUUACCAAACAUAUAAGACUUACAGCAGCUUUAGUACUCAGGAAUCUAGCCCGAUAUUCUUCCCUGGGAAGGAGUUUAAUCAAGAAGCACGAGCGCCACAUCAACUACACAGCAAUGAGUGCCCUGGAGUCAUCCAAUGCUCUAGCUAACUGCCUUUGGGAGACCAUCCAACAGCACUGACACAUGCCCUGAUCUUACUCUUCAUCCUCAUCACAGAACGUCGCCAACUCACAAACUCGCAGCUUAAUGUGUGUUUAGCCACACGAUCAUUAGUUGUGGACAGAUGACCGCCAUCCAUCAUCAGUCAUUACCGGUCAUCUUGUUUUCACUGUCAAGUGUAUCAAAGGAACAAUGUCAAGCUACCCAACCGCUGCUCAUGCAUUGUCAGUGAUAAUUUGUUGUGUAUUCGUGUCGUAACCGGCACAACCGAACUUCUCAGUUCAUAAUGGCUGUUUAUCAUGUGUUCAUUCAUGUAUGUCUGUGAAAUACCAGGUGAUCCUGUUAUUAUUGUAUAAAUGUUUCCAGAUGUUGUCUAUGUACUGAGAGGAGUAUAUGUUACAGAAGUGAAAGUCCAACAGAGAUAAAUGUAUUUAAUAUAUUGUUAAACUGGGGAGUAUGAUGAAUCUAUUUUUCUUACGUGUGGCUAGCUUGUAUUAAAUUUGUUUCUUUUUUUGCAUAUUUAAUUAACCUUGUCGUUGGAAGAAAAUAAGAUAUAUGAUUAUUAUACAGGAGGGUUCAUUCCUUGGAACUGUUUAAUUUAUGUUUAGAUAUAGUUUCAAUAAAAUAUUUGUUUUGUAGAUGAAACAUUUGAAAUGUCACUUGGUAUCAAUUCUAUUAUUUAUGAAGCAAUUACAUUUUUUCUCAACUCAUGAAAUUCAUGUCUUUAACCUGUAGUACAUUUUUUCAAUUUCACAAGUAAAAGAAUGUGUCAUUGUUUCAAAUAUAAGUUUCAAAUAAAAAUCUUUCUGUAUCUGUUGGUUUCUUUUACUAUUUUGUUAAUUGCUCACAUACCUUAUUUUUUCAUUAUCAUUAAUUUAUGCAGACUUUAAAAGCAGAAUUCUUACAAGUUCCAAAGCUACAAAUCAAAUUUUCCAUUAAAAGUUUCUCAAACCAGGUGAA